GGCAGCCAUCUUGCUACAAACACAAACAGAGAGGAGCGGCCGCCGCGGGAGCGCCAGCGCCCCCUCCCCCGCCGCCGCCGCCCCCCGGCCCGCCGCGCGUCGCCAACGCCCCGGGACCGGAGCCUCGCGCAGCCCGCCAGCCGCGUCUCCCUGCUUCUCACACCGGAGCCAGCCAGCCACAUUUCCUCAGUACGACCAGGACAGAAGGUGACGGCCGGAAGCGGAAAGCCCCUGGCGGCUAGCCGCCUUUGGCACUCCCUGGAAGGGUGGGAGGAGUCUUGGAGUUGAUGGGAACUGGGGAGGCGCUCCAGUCCAGCCUCCGCCCCAGCCAGUGAGGGAAGCCCUCCCACCCUCUGCUCGGAACCACCAGGGAUGAGCCACCUCCCAAGAGCCGCCUCUACUGUUCCUUAGAGGGGCAGGUCACUGCUGCCGUCGCCAUUUCUGUCAGCCUCAGAUCUUGCCUAGAUGUGAAGGUCCCUCCUUGGGCACUGCUCUGGUCAGACCAACAUCCAGUUGCUUGGGGACCCUGGUUCACUCCAGCACAGCCCUUUUCCUGAGAGAGCUUGGCCCCCGACCUACCUGCUUCCCUGGGCAAGGCUGCCAGGUUUCCCCCCAGCGUGACUCUUUGGUUAACUCAUGGUGUGAGUGGCCUGUGGCUGGCUCGGGUGUUUGGAGAGUGAACGCCAGGUACCCCCUCCCCUGCUCACCCCCUGCGACCUCUAGGACACACCUAGCUCCACGAUGGCAGCAGAGACCCUCAACUUUGGGCCUGAGUGGCUGAGGGCCCUUUCUAGUGGUAGCAGUAUGGCCUCCCCACCCCCGUCCCCUGCCAUGCCCAAAUACAAGCUGGCUGACUAUCGCUACGGGCGAGAGGAGAUGCUGGCCCUCUAUGUCAAGGAGAGCAAGGUCCCUGAUGAGCUGCAGGACAAGGAGUUUGCUGCUGUGCUGCAGGAGGAGCCACUGCAGCCCUUGGCGCUGGAGCCUCUGACCGAGGAGGAGCAGAGAAACUUCUCCCUGUCAGUGAACAGUGUGGCUGUGCUGAGGCUGAUGGGGAAAGGGGCUGGUCCCCCCCUAGGUGGCACCUCCCGUGGCAGGGGCAGCACACGGAGCCGAGGCCGAGGCCGUGGUGACAGUUGCUUUUACCAAAGAAGCAUUGAAGAAGGCGAUGGGACCUUUGGCCGAAACCCCCGGGAGAUCCAGCGUAGCCAGAGUUGGGAUGACAGAGGCGAGAGGCGGUUUGAGAAGUCAGCCAGGAGGGAUGGAGCACGAUCCGGGUUUGAGGAGGGAGGGGCUGGCCCGAGGAAGGAGCAUGCCCGCUCAGAUAGCGAGAACUGGCGUUCUCUCCGGGAGGAGCAAGAGGAAGAGGAAGAGGGCAGCUGGAGACUCGGGGCAGGACCCCGGCGAGAUGGCGACCGCUGGCGCUCAGCCAGCCCUGAUGGCGGCCCCCGCUCGGCUGGCUGGCGGGAACAUGGGGACCGGCGUCGAAAGUUUGAAUUUGAUUUGCGAGGGGAUCGAGGCGGGUGUGGUGAAGAGGAGGGGCGGGGUGGGGGAGGCAGCUCUCACCUCCGGAGGUGCCGAGGGCCCGACGGCUUUGAUGAUGACAAGGACGGGCUCCCGGAGUGGUGCCUGGACGACGAAGAUGAAGAAAUGGGCACCUUCGACGCCUCCGGGGCCUUCUUGCCCCUCAAGAAGGGCCCCAAGGACCCUAUUCCUGAGGAGCAGGAGCUCGACUUCCAGGGGCUGGAGGAGGAAGAGGAAGAGCCGCCGGAAGGGCUGGAGGAGGAGGGGCCUGAGGCAGGCACGAAGGAACUGACCCCCCUGCCUCCUCAGGAUGAGCAGUCCAGCUCCCCAUCCCCACUGCCCACCUUGGGCCCGCUCUGGGGAGCUAACGGGGAGGGCGAUGAUGCUGUGGACAAAGACCUGCCAGCCGCUGAAGGAGACGACACGAGGGGUAUGCAGCUGAGUCCUGGUGUGGGCUCACCCCCUGGCCCUCCAGGAGAUCUGGAAGAUGAUGAAGGCUUGAAGCACCUGCAGCAGGAGGCAGAGAAGCUCGUGGCCUCCCUGCAGGACAGCUCCCUGGAGGAGGAGCAGUUCACAGCUGCCAUACAGGCCCAGGGCCUGCGCCACUCGGCAGCUGCCACGGCCCUCCCCCUCAGCCACGGCGCAGCCCGGAAGUGGUUCUACAAGGACCCACAGGGGGAGAUCCAAGGCCCCUUCACGACACAGGAGAUGGCAGAGUGGUUCCAGGCCGGCUACUUCUCCAUGGCCCUGCUUGUGAAGCGGGGCUGUGAUGAGGGCUUCCAGCCACUGGGUGAGGUGAUCAAGAUGUGGGGUCGUGUGCCCUUUGCCCCGGGGCCCUCACCACCCCCACUGCUGGGAAACAUGGACCAGGAGCGACUGAAGAAGCAACAGGAACUCGCGGCAGCGGCCUUGUACCAGCAGCUGCAGCACCAGCAGUUUCUUCAGCUGGUCAGCAGCAGCCGCCAGCUCCCGCAGUGUGCUCUCCGGGAGAAGGCAGCUCUGGGGGACCUGCCGCCACCGCAGCAGCAGCAGCUCACCGCAUUCCUGCAGCAGCUCCAAGCUCUCAAACCCCCCAGGGGUGGGGACCAGAACUUGCUCCCGACGAUGAAUCGGUCCUUGUCCGUGCCAGACUCGGGCCCCCUCUGGGACAUACAUACCUCAGCCUCAUCACAGUCAGGCGGUGAGGCCAGUCUUUGGGACAUACCAAUUAACUCUUCGACUCAGGGUCCAAUUCUAGAACAACUCCAGCUGCAACAUAAAUUCCAGGAGCGCAGAGAAGUGGAGCUCAGGGCGAAGCGGGAGGAGGAGGAGCGCAAGCGCCGGGAGGAGAAGCGCCGCCAACAGCAGCAGGAGGAGCAGAAGCGGCGGCAGGAGGAAGAGGAGCUGUUUCGACGCAAGCAGGUGCGGCAGCAGGAGCUUCUGCUGAAGCUGCUCCAGCAGCAGCAGGCCGUGGCUGCUGUCCCCACGCCUCCUGCGCCCAGUUCCCCGCCCCCAUUGUGGGCCGGCCUGGCCAAGCAGGGACUAUCCAUGAAGACGCUGCUGGAGCUGCAGCUGGAGGGCGAGCGGCAGAUGCAUAAGCAGCCCCCACCUCGGGAGCCGUCACGGGCCCAGGCCCCCAACCACCGUGUGCAGCUUGGGGGCCUGGGCACCGCCCCCCUGAACCAGUGGGUGUCUGAGGCUGGGCCGCUGUGGGGCGGGCCCGACAAGAGUGGGGGCAGCAGCGGCCUGGGACUCUGGGAGGACACCCUCAAGAGCAGCGGGAGCCUGGCCCGCAGCCUGGGCUUGAAGAACAGCCGCAGCAGCCCCUCUCUCAGUGACUCCUAUAGCCACCUGUCAGGUCGGCCUGUGCGCAAAAAGACAGAGGAGGAAGAGAAGCUGUUGAAGCUACUACAGGGCAUCCCCCGGCCCCAGGAUGGUUUCACCCAGUGGUGUGAGCAGAUGCUGCACACGCUGAGCACCACAGGCAGCCUAGACGUGCCCAUGGCUGUAGCGAUCCUCAAGGAGGUGGAAUCCCCCUAUGACGUCCAUGACUAUAUCCGUUCCUGCCUGGGGGACACGCUGGAAGCCAAAGAAUUUGCCAAACAAUUCCUGGAACGGAGAGCCAAGCAGAAGGCCAGCCAGCAGCGGCAGCAGCAGCAGGAGGCGUGGCUGAGCAGUGGCUCCCUGCAGACGGCCUUUCAGACCAACCAUAGCACCAAACUCGGCCCUGGGGAGGGCAGCAAGGCCAAGAGGCGGGCACUGAUGCUGCACUCGGACCCCAGCAUCUUGGGUGAGUUUGGAGGCGGGGCCGGGGAGGAGGCUCCUUCCUCAGUGCCAGGCAGAAGCCUGGGUAGCAGAGCUCAAACCCAGCUUCCCCCGGCUUCAGGGUACUCCCUGCAUGGACCUUCUGGUGAGAUCGAGAGCGUGGAUGACUACUGACCAGCCCGUCCCACCAGCGCCCUGGGCUGUAGGCCAGGGGCAGCAGCAGCGGCUUGGACCCCAGGGUCCCCAGCCUGCAGGCUCCCCUCGAGGAGCAUAGGAGGAAGCAGGGGCAGGGGCCCCAGCACUUGUUACAAACCACACAAUGCACCUUAAUUCACCCACCACGAGGCACUUUACAGAUUGGGGGGAAGGGGUUUUUUUUCUUUUCCUUUUUUUUUAAAUUUUAAACAACAUUGAAGAGAACAUUAGGAAGAUGAAAAAGAUUGUUAAAAACUAGACUCUAAGCACCCCUUUCCCUUUUGGGGAUAGUGGGCGUGACCAUGAAAGAUCCACAGAGGUUUUGUUUUGUUUCGUGUGUGUGUUUUUUUUUUUUUUUUUUUUUAAGAAAAAAGAAAAACAAUGAAAAAAAAAUGGUUAGGAGACUGAAAGAAAAAACACACUGUUAUUUUGGGGCAGUGGGGACAUGGGCCCCACGGACCUGUCCUGCCUGGCCCCCAAGGCUGCACUUACCCUCCCUGCCCCACAAGGUGGGCUAUUGGGGUAACUGGAAGCUGGGGUGCCAGCAGUUUGCACAGCGAGGCCCCCACAGCCCCGCCGGCCGGACCCGCUGUGAACGGCUCCCUUGUUGCUGUGACUGUGGCGGGGGUGUCUGGGGUGGGGGCCAAAGUAGCCCCUUGGCUUUGCUGCUUCAGGGGAAAGUUGCACAAAUGGGUCAGGCUGCCUCGGUGCCCCAGGCUGCCAUCCUACGCUGGCUCACGAGGGUGGAUGGGAGAGGGCCAGCCGUGCCAACCUCAUCUGGCUGUUAGGCCGGCAGAACUUCCACUCUGGCCCUGGUGAGGGGUUUCAACCCCCCACCGCUGCCAUUCGGGGGUCCGACCUGGGUAUGAAGCUGAAAGCCCAGCUCCCUGCCUUGCCACAUGAAUGUAUUCUCUGGGCCACAAGCCCCUGCUGCGCCCCCUGCCUCAACUCUGAGCGAGGUGGGGGUGGAGCGGUUCCUCCAGGAGCUGGAGAGAGAGGCACCACUUAAUGACUGUCAUUUCUCCUGUGAAGGGGGCGGAGGAGGGGCCGAGGAGUCCAUGGCAGUGGGCAGCUUGGGGCUUCAGGUUGCAGUGCGGGGGCUGUUAGGAGUCCCCCCACCUGCGGCCAGCUGUGUGGCAUCUGGACCACCCAGCCUUGCCCUGACCCCUCCACUGACCAAAUGGGAGAGGAGCAAGUGGCCUCUCCCCUCCUGCUCCCCUGAUGUGUUUUUAAUGUUGGGGAGGGUGGGGUGUCAAGGAUGGGAGUGUCUGUCUCCUGGGUUGGGGGGUAGGCUGCCCUUCACCAACUUCUUAUUCCCAAUCACCUAUCUAGGUUUGUCUCCAUUUGUGGGGUGGGGGGGGUUAUUUUUUUUCCCCAGUUUGUAGUAUCUCUUGGAUUUCCCAUUUAACUUUUCCCAUGGACCUCAUUGCUCAGAGUGCAGUAUUAGGGCAAGAUUCUGCCACUGCCUCCCCUCCAUGAAUGUAUUUCUCCUUCCCGCCUGCCCUGGGGAAAUGGGGAGUGGCCCCAGUUUUCUUUCCCCAUCUGUCCCCAGAGAGAUGACUUUUUUUUUUUUUUUUUUUGCACCAAAGUGGCAACUGGGUCAGUGUUGGGGGAUAAAGCUGGCCUCGGGGGUGGAGGGAUCCCCUCCACCUGCUUCUCCCUGGUUUCAACAGUGUUAGCGUCCGUGAAAAGACAAUAUUCUCUCUAAAGCAAUAAGGGGGUGAUGGGCCAGGGGGAAAUGUCUUGCUGCUGCUGGCCCCCCAGCUCCCCCUUUCCUCGAGCCAGUAUUUGGUGGCAUUAGAGGUGUGGGGGGAGUACUGUUGUGACUGAAUGUAACUGCCCCCACCCCUGCCGCAGCCAAUGCAGGGGGCAGGGGGAUGACGCUCUUCCCCGUUUCUUCCUCCUCCCUCCCCCCCCCCCAGCUAAAGAGACUUUGAAUUUAGGGGGCCCUUGAGCCUGGAGAGGCCUUAACCCUGUGAGGAAGUGUAGGGGGAACCCUCUCCCACCCCCAUCCCCUUCUGAGAGUGGUCAAUGUUUACAAGCCCCUGAGCCCCCCAGCCCAGGGACUCAGCCCCUUUGCUGUCCUUUCCCAGCCCGUCUUCCUGGGCCCAGCUGCUCUCCCGCCCUUCCUGGGGUUAGGGUGGGUGCAGGGGUCAUUCUGUAUCCUGGCGUCAGCCUUGUACCCACAGUCUCCCCGCCCCCAUGUGACUCCCCUCUCUUCUACCUGCCCCUGUAAAUACUCCCCUUCCCCCAAUAAAACUUGGUGUGUGUUCUCCCCUUC